GUUGGUUGCGAUCAGCCAGUAAACGAAAAGAAGAAGAAGAAGAAGAAGAAGAAGGCUCGUCUGUGGGCUGGUACACUGAAACAAACCAUGGGGAUUUUGACUUAUCUUGCUGCCGGAGCAGCAGUCGGAACAGGAGCCGUGACUUAUCUUGCUGCCGGAGCAGCAGUCGGAACAGGAGCCGUAGGCGGAGUUCUUGCGGUCCCUCUGGUUCUGGGAGCCGUAGGUUUCACCUCUGCUGGGAUCGCUGCAGGCUCCUGGGCUGCAGGUAUGAUGUCCACCGCGGCCGUGGCCAACGGGGGGGCGGUGGCUGCCGGGAGCACCGUGGCUGUUCUGCAGGCGGCAGGUGCGGCUGGUCUGGGAACAGCUGCCUCAGCAGCGGCAGCCGGCACUGGUGCAGCAAUCGGAGGAGCUCUGACCGGACUGGUUGCCAUCAUCAUUUAGACAAGUUUUAAACAAGCUUUGCUAAUUAGGAAAGCUUUAAAAAAAAUAAAAAGAUCACACCGGUUCAUUUCUUCUACAUCGCCUUUGUCAUCUCAGAAAACUGAAAUGUUCAAUAAAUCAGGUUAUCCUGAUGAAGA